CGUUUGCAUUUCCUUUUCUUCACUCUUGUCUGUUGGGAACUGUCCAUUGGUCGGAAAUUUUUACAAAUUUUGCUGAAUAAGUAAUAAGACAAUAAACGGCAGUAGAAACAACAAAUAACAGAGUCCUUUAGGUGUGUAUCCGUCUUCAUUAAAUUGGUUUAUUUUAGGUUUUUAAAUAUAUUAGAAAGGAAGAACAAAAUGUCCGCGACAGCAUUGUUUGGCAACACUUCGGGACUGGGAGGCAGUUCUGGAGGGAAUAAACACUUAGUUGAGUUUCGGGCUGGUAGAAUGACUCUUAAAGGACGAAUGGUACAUCCCGACAAGAGGAAGGGUUUAUUAUAUGUGUAUCAAGGUGAAGACUCAUUGAUGCAUUUCUGUUGGAAAGAUCGUACAACUGGAGAAGUUGAAGAUGACCUAUUGAUCUUUCCGGAUGACUGUGAAUUUGUAAGAGUUAAUGAAUGUACAACCGGAAGAGUAUAUGUAUUGAAAUUUAAAUCAUUUUCAAAGAAAUAUUUCUUUUGGAUGCAGGAGCCAAAAACAGACAAGGAUGAUGAAUAUUGUCGCCGUCUCAAUGAAGCGUUGAAUAACCCACCAACUUCCGGUGGUCGUGGUGGUAGCAGCGGUGGUGCCCAAGAUGGAGACUUACACAACCUUCUUAACAACAUGUCACAACAGCAAUUGAUGCAGUUAUUUGGUGGUGUUGGUCAGAUUGGUGGAUUAUCAUCACUGCUGGGAACUAUGGGCAACAACAGUAGCAGUGGCAACGCAACUCGUCCAUCUGGGAAUAGCAGCAAUUCCCGUGGUGGUUCGGCGCCUCGGUCUGAGCCCACAACACGUACACCAGCACGAGCUCGUGAUGAACGCACACCUGUUCCCAUCGUUGCCCCCACACCCGCUACUGUUCCCGCCCCUACUGCCACCCCACCCAACACUGCCACUGGAACUCAACCUCGCAGUGGUCAGAUAUUUCUAUCCGACCUGCAGCGGUACUUCUCCGGUCUAGGCAACGCACCUCCGGAGGGCGAAGGCGCGGUGGGUGGGACGGGGGCUUCCCGCGUGGAGUUGGGGGCUGCGCUGGCGACUCCAGAGGUGGUGUCAACGGCCAGCGAGCCGGCUAACUCCCAGCGCCUCGCCCCACACCUGCCGCCCGCGCCGCCCGCCGCCCCCCAGGACGAUGUAAGGACCACACUGCUCUCACCGCAGUUCGCCCAGGCAGCCAAUCAGUUUUCAUCGGCUCUUACAUCCGGUCAAAUGGGACCAGUCAUGACACAGUUUGGGCUUCCGGCUGACGUCACUACAGCCGCCAACACGGGAGACAUGCAGGCUUUCUUUAAAGCCUUGGAGAGUGCGUCUUCAUCCGAAAGCGGAAAGUCGGAAGGAGACAGAAAGAAAGAUAAACCUCAAGAUGACAAAAAUGACAAAAAAGAUGGUGAUGCUGGAAUGUCACUCGAUUAAUACAAUGAGAUUAAUUGUAUUCAUCAUAUAUUUUCAUAUUUAUAUUUGAAAGAAAAUCUAAUGGUUUGUGUGUAGUUUUUUGCUAAAUAAAGUGUUAUUAAAAAUAUUUUACUAAAUACAUAGAUUAGCUUUCUUGAUGUUGCAAAAUUUUUAAUUCAUCUUCGUUCAUUUCUGAUGUAAUGAGGUUUUUUCUUUGAAUAAAUAAUUUAAAAAACUUA